CCAUAACCACAGGCACAGCCGGCCGCUGACAACUCUGGAUCAUGUACGGACAACCCUUCACCCUCUGCAUCUAAACCACUCUCCUCCAAUCCCACCUCGACAGCACUUUCUCUUUUAAUACCACUUCUGUUUUUCCAUUAUUACCCAUUUAUUAAUUUCCCCAAAUAUAUAUAUAUAUCUCUACAGUAGCUCCUACACUAUUCCUUUCUUUUUCCAUAUGUAUAAUACACCACACCUUUGCUUCAUACAAUAACAAGAAAACCUCACCAACACAAAAAUAGAAGCUUUCCUCUAAUAACUUAUCAUAAUUCUUUUUUCUUUUCUAUGCUUCCUCUUCUUGCAUUUCUUCUCUUGCAAUGAACCUCCAAAUUUGUCUAUGUAGUUAGGGUUCCUUUAAUAGUUUUUUUUUUCUUUUCUUUAUUGCUUAAUUUUGCCUUCUUGGUACCUGAAAUUCAAGACAAGUCCGAGAAAUGGGGAGAGGUAGGGUUCAGCUCAAGCGGAUCGAGAACAAGAUUAGCAGGCAAGUCACUUUUUCUAAGAGAAGAACUGGUCUGCUAAAGAAAGCUCAUGAGAUCUCAAUUCUUUGUGAUGCUGAGGUUGCUUUGAUUGUUUUCUCAACCAAAGGGAAGCUCUUUGAGUACUCCACUGAUUCAAGCAUGGAAAGUAUCCUGGAAAGAUAUGAAAGAUAUUCAUCUGCAGAACGACAAGUUGCUAAUGACUCUGGACAACAGGGAAAUUUGUCUUUGGAAUGCCCCAAGCUCAUGGCUAGGAUUGAGAUUUUACAGAGAAGCUUAAGGAACUUUGCAGGAGAAGAUUUGGAUCCUAUGAGUCUAAGAGAACUCCAACACUUGGAACAACAGAUUGAUAAUGGUCUUAAGCGCGUUCGAGCAAGAAAGAACCAACUCUACCAUGAAUCCCUUUCAGAGCUGCAGAAGAAGGAUAAAGCAUUGCAUGAGCAAAACAGCAUGUUAAGCAAGCAGCUCAAGCAAAAUGAGAAGUCCAUGGCUGAGCAUGCUAACUGGGAGCAGCGAAAUCUUGGUCAGAACCCAACCUACUUCAUGCCACCGCCGAUGCUAUCACUUCCACCUCUAACCACUGGUAGCACUCUCCAGACUAGAGAAUUCAUGAAUGAAAAAGAGGAGGCUAAGGCUCAGAUUCAGCUGAAUACCAUGCAGAUGCCACCUUGGAUGCUUCGUCAUGUCAAUGAAUAGGAAACUGACAGAUAGCCAUCAAGGUAUAAUUACAAGUAUGGCAUACUGAAGUGAAGAGUAUCGCUUCUUUCCGCUGCCAUUAAUGUGGUACAAAUUUCUACGUUGUAAAUCUGCUUCUGCACAAUAAUGGAUUUAAUAUUUGAAAUA